AUGACUCAGGACCAACUCAUUGACUCGCUCACCUCCCACAUCUCCCUCUUCCACUCUCACUCCAAUUCCUCAGACCUCAAACCCAACCCUAACCCUAACCCUAACCCUAGGUCCUCGAUCCUCAAAUGGUUCUCAUCUCUCACCGUCCACCAGCGCCAAGCUCACCUGACCGCCGUAGAUCCCAAGUUCGUACGGGUCCUCGUUCAAAUGCUCGGCAGGGUCCGCGCCAACGGCCAUGGCUUCUUCAUCAUCCUCCCUGACCUCCCCUCCGGCGACCUUCCCACCCUCUGUUUUAAGAGGUCGAGUGGGCUUCUGUGUCGGGUGGCCGAGUCGAACGAGCUGGAGAGGAGGGUUUUCGAGUCGACUCGGUUGUUUUCUUCGAGGGAAGGGGAAAAGGUGGAGGGGUGUUCGUGCUCGGUGAGGGAUAUUGAUACGGUUACGGUGAGUGAGGAUUUGGUGGAGAAUUUGGAUGGGUUUGUGGAGGCAAUGGAUGAAAUAUCAAAUGGGGGGUUUUUGAGGGGGGAAGAGAGUGACUUGGGAUCAGAUUGGGUCGAAUUGAAGUGGUUGAAGGAUAAAGGGUAUUACAGUAUGGGAGCAUUUGUGGCGAAUCGGUUGGAGGUGGCGUUGAGGUUGGCGUGGCUGAAUUGUAGUAAUGGGAAGAAAAGAGGGGUGAAAUUGAAAGAAAAGAUGACCGCUGUGGGCUUGGCGGCCAAUGUGUAUUGGAGGAAGAAGGGGUGUGUAGACUGGUGGGGAAAUUUGGAUGCAGCAACAAGGAGAAAUGUUUUGACAUCGGUGUUGGGCAAAGCAGCGAAACCUUUGAUUCUUGAGAUCCUGAAGACAUGUAGUGAGGCGGGAGAUGAAAUGUGGCUCUUCAAUAGAGGAGGAGAACAACCACUGAGGUACAACCAAAUUGCAUCUAUGCAAAAGACAGUUCCAAAACUUGUGGCUGACAUAGAAUUUGGGUCAAGCAUUAUCCCGGCUUCUCUUUCUGGAAGACCUUCCUUAGUCGCUGGCUUUAAUAAUCUCUUUCUGCUUCAGGAUAUAGUAAUGAUGAUAUCCUUAUGUAGCCAUAGUGAAUAUGAUAUAGGGAAACUUUUUUAUAGCACGCUGAGUUCAGUUUCUACCAUUUCUGAUUUUAUAUUAAGAAAAGUACGGGGAUUUCUUAUGGUUAUUUUGCUUGAAUGCACAAAAAUGGAACUUCUAGCAGAUGGAAAUGAAAAACCCUUAUCUAAGAAAUCCAAGGCAAAGCCUAGUGCUUUUAGCCGUAAAAGUAAGGGGAAGACCCGCAAUGUGAAAAGGCCAAAUCCUGUUCCUAGGUCAUGUGCGGAUGAUUUUUUGUGUGAAAAGUCUCUCAAGGAUCGUAAUUGUACAUUGGCUCAUAAAAAAAAGGCAGAUUCUGGGGAGUCUAAGAAGAUUCCUGGUAUACAUCAGGAGGUGGAAAUUUCCAAAGAGGCAUUAUCGUCGAAAGAUGAAAUGGAACAUUCACAAACAGUGGUUGCAAAAGCUCAAACUGCUGCAAGGAAGGGUAGGAAAAAGAAAGGAAAAAACAAAAUAACUGGUUGUAAGAAUUCUGGUGAUAAAAUAAAAUCCGAAAGAUCAGUCAUGGAAGCUUCUUCUUCUUCUGUCAUUCCUGAAGAUUGCACAGCAAAGUCUUAUCCGGUUUCUAGUGAUUCAGCUUUCAAGAACAAGACUGGUGAUAAUUCAGCUAGUUGUAGCAUCCUUGUGACAAAUUCGAUUUCUCCUGGUUCUGCCAAUGGGCCAACUAAGGAUGACAACGAUGCCACCCAAAGCAUUCAAGAGAAUUAUCCUGUUGGUUCUAGAGCAAGUUCCAGUCAUACAUUUUCCGAAAAUUACAAUUCAUCAAACAAUAGUACUGAAAUUCAAAUAAAAUCGUCUGGUAGUGUAGGACCUUCUCCUCUGCCCGCAGUGGAUCAUAAGGUUUUCAGCCAUAAAGAUAUUGACUUUCAGAAUGAGCAAGCUGGCAAAUCUGAUAUAAAAGAUGUUGUUGCACCAGACAGGGGAAUGAGAGUUGAUGAUAUAGAAAAGGAAGCCAUUCCGUUUCGGGACCAAGAACAUGGAAAUCAUCUAUGUGAUACUGGAACCCCAUGUUCUUAUGAAAGCUGUCAAUAUGAGUGGCCUGGUGUAGCUUGCGCCUAUUAUCCACCUGUUAACCCACAUCUCCCACCCGCCACUGACCGAUUGCAUCUGGAUGUUGGUCAUAACUGGCAGAAUCACUUUCGCCAGUCUUUCCUACCAACUAUACAUCAGGCGAGAAGUUCUCCAAUUCAAGGCGGGUGUAAUCCAAUUCUGACUCGACCACUGCCAAUGAGUUUAGACUGGCCUCCAGUGGUUCGAAGUGCUCGUGGAUUGGCUCUAUCGCGAACCUUUAAUUAUGAUUCUGGAUUCAUCUCAAAGAAGCGUUGUAGUUUUCCACAGGUUUUUUCCACCCAUAGUGUCAAGAUUAAUGCAACAAAUGUGGACAACGAAAGGAAGUAUUCUUGGGAUUGCACGGACCUACCUGAUCCAGCAACGGCAUAUGAACUAGCAGAUGAAUGUGAGAGCCACUGGAUAUCAGAGGAUGAAGUUGAGGUGCAAGCAUUUGCCGGGGUAGACUAUAAUCAGUACUUUGGCGGUGGUGUGAUGUACUGGAAUCCUUCUGAUCAUCCAGGGACAGUUUUCUCUCGCCCUCCUUCUCUUAGUUCUGAUGAUAGCUCAUGGGCUUGGCGGGAAGCUGACAUGAAUAGGGCUGUCGAUGAUAUGGUUGCAUUUUCUUCUUCAUAUAGUACAAAUGGUUUGACUUCACCUACUGCUUCCUUUUGUUCUCCUUUUGAUCCUUUGGGAUCGGGAAACCAGGCUCUUGGUUAUGUUAUGCCUGGAAGCGAAGUACCUGGCAAGGUGCUGCAUUCCUCAUCAACAAUGACAGACACAGCAGCGGAUGAGGAAUCCUCUGGAUCUUUGGCUGAUGUAAAUGGUGAUGUUGAAGGGAAGACAGGAGACUUGCUUACUUAUCCCAUUUUACGGCCAAUCAUCAUUCCAAACAUUUCAAGAGAAAGGUCAAGAGAGUUUAAGCGUAGUUAUGAUCGCAGAAGCCCAUGUGUUCCUCCUACAAGGCGUGAGCAACCUCGGAUAAAGCGGCCACCAUCGCCCGUGGUGCUUUCUGUUCCACAGGCCCCACGACCACCUCCACCCUCUCCUGUGAGUGAUGCCAGGAAAAACAGGGGCUUUCCAACUGUUCGGUCUGGUAGCUCCAGCCCAAGGCAGUGGGGUAUGAGAGGAUGGUUCCAUGAUGGAGCUAACUUGGAGGAAACUUGUUUGCGCAGGGAUGGUGCUGAAGUUGUUUGGCCUUUAAGAAGUAAUAAUAUUUCUGGCCGUCCAUUGAUUCAACCUCUUCCUGCACCCUUGUUGCAGGAUCGAUUGAUUGCUAUUUCUCAACUUGCUCGUGAUCAAGAACAUCCAGAUGUUGCGUUGCCCCUACAACCUCCUGAUUUGCAUAACUGUCCUAUCCGGAAGGCGUCUCUUUCUUUGAUGCACAACCUUGUCCAUGAUGACAUUGACCUUUUCUGCAAGCAGGUGGCUGCAGAGAAUAUGGCUAGGAAGCCCUAUGUAAAUUGGGCUGUCAAGCGGGUUACAAGGUCUCUCCAGGUACUUUGGCCCAGGUCCAGGACAAACAUAUUUGGUUCAACUGCAACCGGUUUGUCACUUCCAACAAGUGAUGUGGACCUUGUGGUUUGUCUACCUCCUGUGAGGAACCUGGAACCCAUUAAAGAAGCUGGGAUAUUGGAGGGGCGUAAUGGUAUCAAAGAAACAUGCCUUCAGCAUGCCGCUAGGUAUCUCGUCAAUCAGGAUUGGGUAAAAAAUGAUUCUCUUAAGACUGUGGAAAAUACAGCUAUACCUGUUAUAAUGCUUGUGGUGGAAGUUCCCCAUGAUCUCAUUGUCUCAUCUGCUUCCAAUGUACAAUCUCCAAAAGAAGAGUCACCUCCCAUGUCUGGUGAGCAUGGCAUUAAUGUGAACUCGAGUGUGGUUGUUUUAGAAGAAUCUGUGGUGCCCAAAUGCUUACAGAUAAAUGACGAUGCUACAAAGGAUUCAGUAUCAGUUCGUAUUGACAUCAGUUUCAAAUCUCCAUCUCAUACAGGACUCCAAACUACACAGCUGGUCAAGGAUCUCGCUGAGCAGUUUCCAGCUGCUACACCCCUUGCUUUGGUACUGAAACAGUUCUUGGCAGAUCGUAGCCUGGAUCAGUCUUACUCUGGUGGCUUGAGUUCCUACUGUUUGGUAUUACUUAUUACACGUUUUCUCCAGCAUGAGUAUCAUCUUGGCCGGCCCAUCAACCAAAACUUUGGGAGCCUUCUGAUGAAUUUUCUCUACUUUUUUGGGAAUGUGUUUGAUCCUCGCCAAAUGCGUAUAUCGGUACAGGGAAGUGGUGUUUAUAUUAAGAGGGAAAGAGGUUGUAGUAUUGACCCGAUACACAUUGAUGAUCCCCUUUUUCCAACUAAUAAUGUGGGGCGUAAUUGCUUCCGUAUACAUCAGUGUAUCAAGGCAUUUUCAGAAGCUCACUCUAUUUUGGAGAAUGAGCUGGCUUCUUUUCCCAAUGACUGGUGGUGAUGAUGCGUGCUCAAGGCCCCCAUAUAGACUUCUCUGGAAAAUCAUCCCGAGUAUUGAUCUAUCGUAGCACUGCUUACUGUAUGCAAAGUCGUAUGCUUCUUAAGAGAGGAGUGGAGGUUGCAAAAUAGUAUGCGCCUUCUGUUAUGACUCCUUACCCUGCUAAUCCCAUCCCCUGGCGUUUUAACUUGGUGGUUGAAAACUGCGACCAAUUAUGGCUCUAAGCAUGAUUAAAUUGGAGUUCAUUCUGUAUGUGCGACCAUAUUAGCUCCGGCACUCUUGGUGCAGUUAUGAACUCUCUUUGUUAUGGUUCUGGUGCAGGUGUUGGCCACAGAAAAGUAAGGUUCAGACAACCAAAACACGUAUUUAUUUUCGCCGGUUUGUUGCCGUCAUAAUGUCAUUAAAGACUGGAUUUUCUGCUAAACUGUAUCAAGUUCAUCUUGGUGCCAAACGUGCUCAAGUGAGAGUGGAAAGGAGUAGCAACAACCAGAAAAAGGCUCGCAUCAGAUUCUUCAGGUCAGCCCCCAAACCUGAUUUGGCGGUUCACUGUGCUGAAAACUCUAAAACCAAUUGUAUAUAUGUUAGAUCGGGUGUAUAAAUUUUAUACAACUGUUCAUAAAUUAUACCAGCUGUUCAGUUACGUCGAACUAACAUAGAAUUUGUAUACUUGUCGAAAACAUUUACCUAGCAACAUAAAUGUAUUGAGAUCAUAAAGUUCAACAGUA